ACAGAAAUAGGCUGUCCUUACUGGGCGGAACAGACUGCUCGUACCAGCUGCGUGGACCGGACCACACAUUUCGGAACUCCCAAAAAGAAAAGAAACUAAAGCUUUCAAAGAUCUGCCGGUCAGACAAAGACUUCUCUGCGUAUUUCAACAGUUCUCGAAGGAUGAUUUUCAUCUCAUCUAAAAGACUGAAUGGACCUUUAUGCGCCGGUGCUUCCUGAGAACAUCUGAAUCUUCAAUGUGACUUUCACGCAUCUCCGAAAAACAGGUUUCUAUAGCAGGGGGUUCGGAGAACAUCUACUACAUUCAAACUUUAAUAAUGCAACAUCCUUUGGAGUUUGGGGCGCACUUUUAUCCCCCGGAUGCCCAUCCAGACCAAAGGUCUCACAGGUACCGGAGUUUCAUGAUUGAAGAGAUUCUUACAGAUCAUCCGGAUCACAAAGUAUCAAGUCCAGCUGGAGACCUUCUAAAAUUUGGAGUACAUGCCCUUUUGUCGGCCAGACCAUAUCACAACCACUUAGUCCUGAAAGCAGACCAGACAAGCAUCCUGAAGUUUCCAGUCUCUCCUCUGUCCUGCUCACUCGGUGCGCCGCUGGGCUCUGCUCUUUUUCCCGGAGCUGGGGGUCUGCAAGUUGGCUCAUCAUCCCAUCACCUCCCGCUAGACCUCCACCUUCGCGGUAAACUCGAUCCUGGAGGUGAUGCAAUAAGCAAGAGCAAGAAAGGAAGAAGAAGCAGAACCGUGUUUACCGAACUACAGCUAAUGGGUCUGGAAAAAAGAUUUGAGAAACAGAAGUAUCUCUCAACCCCUGACAGAAUAGACCUUGCAGAGUCUUUAGGCCUUAGUCAACUUCAAGUCAAAACAUGGUAUCAAAACAGAAGAAUGAAAUGGAAAAAAAUCGUCUUGCAAGGAGGAGGUCUAGAAUCUCCAACCAAACCUAAAGGCCGUCCAAAGAAAAACUCCAUACCCACCAGUGAGCAGCUCUCGGAGCAGGAGAGGACACGAGAUGCGGACCGCUUAUCCGACGGUGCUUCUUCACUUUCUGAUGCAAACCAAGAGGAAUAAACGAGACCAUAAUGACCAAAAGUGAAUUUUGACGUCUUCAGGACUCAAACAGACCCUCUGCCUCCUUGGAUCAUUGCUCACCGAUGCCUUUGUUUGGGCACUUACACGUUUAAAAGACCUAACCACUUGGCCCGAUUUUAUCCUACCUAUGUUUUGUUUUGUUUGUUUUGUUUGAUUAUGCCAACUUUUGCGGCCCUCGAACGGAGUCUUUAUGAACUUGUUUUCCAUGGACCAGACUCCGAGAAGUGGUUAGUAAGGAAUGGUCUUUCUCUCUGCAUUGAAGGCUGUGGUAUCAUAGACUUUUUAUCAGCAUAUUGUGCUUUUUGCUUUAUUUUUAUGUCAACAAUAUUCUUACAAAAAUAAUUAAAUGCCAGUUUGUCAAAGACAAGUUCAUUGCCAUGUAACGUUGUGACGUUUUUUCUUUUAACAUGACAACACAGACGUCAUCGAAUACAGCAUACAAGUUUUGAUUAUUAUGAUUCUAAUAAUAUUAAUAUUUUUUGCUGAUUUAAAUUAUUAUUCUUUUAGGCGCUACACAUUAAACCCUGACUUCUUUUGGCGUGUUUACACUGUUUAAGUAGCUAAACACAAUAUUUUCGAAUUGGGGUUAUUUAUUUUCAUAAAAAUGCGUGCACAAAACUAAAAAGAAAAUCUUUUGAUUAAAGAUAUUGGUUUUGCUGCCAAGAAGAAGCUUAAAUAAGCACUUGCAGUGUGGUGGAUGUGUAGGCUUAUUUAUUUGGCCCCACAGCAUUUCCAAAAUGCUACAUGUUUCACUCGGCUGAUAACAUUUGAUUUGAUUUUUUUGCAUUUCAAGUACAAAUAAUUAACAUAUUACUAACAUUAGUGCUUCGGUAGCUUAAUUGGUGGAGCUUUGCUUUGACAGCUUAAAGACCGUGGAAUUGAUAUCCACGGAACACACAUACUGACAGAAAAAGUUUUACAUUGAAUGCACUGCACAUCGAUUUGAAUAAAAGCGUCUGGCAAAUGCAUCCAAGUAAAUUACAUUUUGAUUCAUAGUUUUUUAAAGACCACAUUUAUAUGAAUAUACAUCAGGUA